AUGUCGGACAAGAUGGCGGCGGCCGCGGCCUCCCCUCAGCCCCAGCCGGGCCCGGGCCCCCCGGCGGCGGAGGCGGAGGGCGGGGGCCCGCGCGGCGGCGGGGCGGACGAGGAGGCGGAGGCGGAGGAGUUCGGGUGCCCGGCGCACUGCUCCGACCUGGCCUGGCGGCAGAACGAGCAGCGCCGCCACGGCCUCUAUUGCGACAUCACUUUGGCCUUCGGGGGCGGGCGGCCCGGGGCGGCUCGCGAGUACCGGGCUCACCGCUCCGUCCUGGCCGCCGCCACCGAGUACUUCACGCCGCUGUUCUCGGGGGGCUUCGCCGAGUCGCGCUCGGACCGCGUGGAGCUGCAGAAGUGGAAUUCGGAGGGCGGCCCCGACCCCGACACGGUGGAGGCCGUGGUGGGCUUCAUGUACACCGGCACCAUCCGCGUGAGCCCCGGCAACGUCCAUGAGGUGCUGGAGAUGGCGGACAGGUUUCUGCUGACCCGCUUAAAGGAGUUCUGCGGAGAGUUCCUGAAGAAGAAGCUCAACCUCUCCAACUGCGUGGCGGUGCACAGCUUGGCCCACAUGUACUCCUUGAACCAGCUGGCCCUCAAAGCCCAGGACAUGAUCCGGAGGAACUUCCACAAAGUUAUCCAGGAUGAGGAGUUCUACACUCUGCCCUUCCACCUCAUCAGGGACUGGCUUUCAGACUCGGAGAUCACAGUAGACUCUGAAGAAAUCCUCUUUGAGACUGUCUUGAAGUGGGUGCAGAAGAAACCCGAGGAAAGAGAGAGGUACUUUGAAGAUCUCUUUAAACUGCUUAGAUUGUCUCAGAUGAAACCCACUUACCUUACCCGCCACGUCAAAUCAGAGAGGCUGGUGUCGAGUAACGAAGCCUGUGUGAAAUUAGUGUCUGAAGCCGUGGAGAGUCACGCCUUGCGCUCGGAGAACUUGCAGUCUGGCAACCUACAACAUUCCGCUUGUCCGGUAGCGCUGUUACCGCGUUUCGGACAAAACAUGGACGUCAUUAUGGUGAUUGGUGGUGUGUCGGAGGGAGGAGAUUACUUAAGCGAGUGCGUAGGGUAUUUCAUCGAUGAAGAUAGGUGGGUAAACUUACCACACAUACACAACCAUCUCGAUGGGCACGCGGUUGCCGUGACAGAAUCUUAUGUUUAUGUGGCUGGCUCCAUGGAACCAGGCUUUGCCAAGACUGUAGAAAGGUACAAUCCGAACAGGAAUAUUUGGGAGCAAGUUUCAAAUCUAAUAACCAGAAAGCAUUCUUUUGGCCUUACUGAAGUGAAAGGAAAUUUGUACAGUAUUGGCGGACAUGGCAAUUUCAGUCCUGGCUUUAAAGAUGUGGCCAUUUAUAAUCCCGAGCAAGAUAAAUGGCUUAACCUGGAGUCAGCACCAAAGAUUCUUCGUGAUGUCAAAGCUGUUUCUGUUGAAGACCGGUUUGUUUAUGUUGCUGCUCGUACCCCGGUCGACAGCGAUAGCGAAGAUGGCUUGAGGGCGGUUAUUAUCAGAUACGAUACUGAAACAAGGCAGUGGCAGGACGUGGAGUCUCUGCCGCUCGUUGAUAAUUAUUGCUCGUUUCAGAUGUCUGUCGCUAACACAAACUUUUACCAUACAGCAUCGUGCUGCCCCAAGAGUUACCCCAUAGAUAACGAGGAAGCUAAAAGAAAGAUCUCUGGGAGGGCCUCCGAUGAAAUACUGGAAAGCUUGCCCCCGGAGGUUCUUAGCAUUGAAGGAGCAGCUAUUUGUUAUUAUAAAGAUGAUGUUUUCAUCAUCGGGGGGUGGAAGAACAGCGAUGAUAUUGACAAGCAAUACAGGAAGGAGGCCUAUCGUUACUGCGCUGAGAGAAAGCGCUGGAUGCUCCUGCCUCCGAUGCCCCAGCCUCGCUGCAGGGCGACAGCCUGCCACGUGAGAAUCCCCUUCAGGUGCUUGCAGGGAACACAGAGAUACCCCAUGCCGCAAAACUUGAUGUGGCAAAAAGAUAGAAUAAGGCAAAUGCAGGAAAGGCAGAUGCAGGAAAUGCACCGACACUCCCUGAGCUUAAGGAGAAUGCCCCGCUCGCAGAUUGAGUGCUAGUUUCUGGAAUAUCACUCCUCCCGAGGAAUCUGGGAAAUAAAUACUGUGCUAAACCAUUUUGUUAGGCUUAAUGUGUCUUUAUAAGACAUGAGGGUUUUGAUUUGGUGUGUAAAACCAGCAUCCUUUAUGUAUUGAAGAUUAAGAAGCUCAGAAAUUGAGGGUGGAUGGGAAUUGGGAAACUACGUGAAUCCAAUCCGAUGUUAUUUACUGGUGCCCAGGGAAAAGCUGUAGCCUGUAACGGGCUGUGAAGUAUCUCCAGGAACGUUGAGUCUGUUAUUUCUCUCUUCAGAUCUUUGUUUUCAAGGAUUCCUGUAGAAAUGCUCUAACAGUUCUAUUUUGAAAAUCAAAGAUCUCUAUCUUAAUAAUUUAGUGGUUACAUUUGUGUGUGCUUGAAAGCACCUGUUUUAUUUGCACUUAUAUAUUGACAUUCCUUUGAUUCUCUACUCAGUGACUAAACUUCACAUCUAGUUGGUGUUAGUGUACUUGGCUUUCCCAAGCUGGAGGCAAGUGCAAUAGUUAUAACUAUAUCUGAAAACAAAAGCACAAUCUUUCUUUAUAAAAUUACUUCAGGAUGUUUCUACGUGUAUUAAAUAUUUUGUAUCUGUAUGGUCUAGAAAGGCUGCGGAGUUUGUUUAUAAAUGGGAGAUUGGCAGAGCCUCAGACACUUGCUAAAACAGAGAACUUGAGGCAGUAGAUUUUUUUUCAGUUACAUCUGAAGAUGCUCUGAGUUUGUCUUUGACAGCUUCAUGAGAAACUUGGGUCAACAAUCAGCCUGAUAAAAGGAGUGCAAACCAGCCAAGUAGCCACCCCCCAGCAUGGACUGCUCAUUUCUGUCCAUGUGGGUUGGUGAGAAUGAAGAUUCUUUCACAGUAAUAGAUUGGAAUCUGAGCUAUUUGUAUAUCCUUUCCCAAGUGUUGCACGUGUUUUAAUUCUGAUGAAAAAGCACUGAGAAGAGCCCCCAUGAGCUUGUUUCCAGCCUGUCUUUGACAAUCAGUACCCUUUGCCUUCAGUAUUCCUUCCCCAGAACCUCCCAGCAGGUCUCCUGCCAAGCUCCCCGGCAAAUCGGCCCUUGGAGUUCCUCUUGGAGUGAGGUGGUUGAGUUUUCGUAGUCUCUGAAUAUCUUAAUUUCCCCACUCACUGUGGCAGUAAGAUUAAAGCUGAUUCAAAUACCUUUUGGCAUUUUGAGGUGGUUUUAUAUAAAUCAGUGCCCUGUUGGCUCUGGUUUGCUUUACUGCUCUACUCCCAGGGAACAGAACAUGGAAUAUUAUUCCCUUUGGAGUAUCACUGCCUCUUGGUUAACAGUCCCUCUGAGCACUCCUCCCCCCUGGGCUGAGGAGCUCCAGGAUGGUCUAGGUUAAUUCAGUGUAUCCUUCCUACCUCCUCUUCUUCCCCGUCCUUCCCUUCAUUGGAAUGUUUCAGGAUUUCACAGGCAGCCUAACUCAGGAUCCCAGGGAAGGGCAGGGAACAGUAACCAGGGUGUUCCAGACUUGGUGUAGCCAGACACUGUUGGAGAAUCUGUUGACUGUCUUUGGUUCAUAUGAUGAUUUGCUGGUGGUUUUGAUGUGAGCAGCUUCUUUGCAAAAGAACUUCUAAACAGUUUGGUUUCUUUGUUUUGUUUUUUAAUUGUUUAGCUUACUGAGCUGAUACUUCUCAUUUUCCCAUUCAGCAGGCAGCCUAGAUCCUGUCUGAAACACCGGGUAAGUCUCUCAACCACAGUGUGUGAAGGUUUCUCUGAUGUGUAUAGCCCUUAACGCUCCACUUUGCAGUUCACUUACCACUUUUGAUAUCCAUUAUGUUGUCUUUGUGUAAUAGAAUAAUCUAGCCUUAUUUCAAACAAAUGCACACACACCCUGGAAAUCUGAAAUCAGUUUAGUCUCAAUUGGCUCAUCUGUGGUAGCCGUGUUGUAUUUUAUUUGCCCGUUGGAUUGUUAGGGCAGAUUAAAUUGUAAGGUGCUGGCCUGAUGCAAGAGAGGAAAUAGGUAAGUUCAGGUUUCAGGCUGAUGUCCAGAAGUGGCUGUUACAAACCAGUGCCUGCAGGCCUGGAACUGAGGGGUUAAUCAGUGGAGUUUGGUCCAUGAAUUCUUGCAGAUUUGGCUGGAGUGGUUUGAGAAUUACUGCCCCUCCAGCAGGGUUUGUGAGUAGAAGUGUGAAAACACCUCACGGCUUUAGUACUGGAUCCAUUGAUAUAACUUAGAUCUGUGGGAGCUGGUUUUAAGAUACUUUUACCAGAUUCUGCCCAGAAGAGUUUACAUGCUCCACCCCCUGACUUUCCUGUAGGGAUGUAAUGGGCUGUGAAAAAGCCCUUUUGUAGUCUGUCAACAAAAUGGACCAUUUGUAGGGAGAAACAGAAAGAUUAUUACUUCAAUUGGAAUAGUUUGGUGUGUGGCAACACGCGACAAAGUUAGAUGCAAGAGCAAACUGCUCACAGUCUUUCUUUUUUUGAAGCAAAAUUGAUCCUGCACUUGCCGUGGGGACUUCAGGCUGCCCUAGGAGCUGUGCAGCUCAUAAAACAUUCCACUCAAAGGCAGUGCCAGCACAGUGUAGGGUCCAGAGUGCCCGUCGGGAAUGCCAGCCGUGGUCCUGUGUGUGGUGCACGAUACCUCCGCCCGCUCCGGUUGCAUGGGGAGUGAUGGGCACUGGGAAUGGCACCAGUUUGCUCUAACCUUUGCUAUGCCGAGUCUGUGGAGUUGUUAAGUCGUUUGGGGUUAUUUUAGCCUUGACUUGAAGUGGACCAAUUGCAUUGCACAUGGAUUUUUAACUGACAAGUCUUAACCGUCUGUCGUAUCACCUGUAGGUGUUUGGAAGAAUUGCUUUAAUUCUGGCUGUAAUUUAUCCUGCAGACCUGUGAAUGGGGUACCACAUCCCCUGGUGGCCCUUGACUGCCGUAGCUUGCUGAAUGUUUAUCAAAUGAUGCUCUAAAAAAAAAAACCCUGGGAAUUCUUUCAGUACAUUUCUAAUGGCUUUUUCAAUGUCAGUAGGAUCCUGGUGUGUACUCAGUUCGGUGUCAGCAGGCCGACUCCUGGCCUUCCUCCUGUAAAAGAGCAUCAGCUGGAGAUUUUCCUCUGCCUGCUGACAGUCGUACCUCUAUCCCGGUACAGAAUACGUGCCACAAAAUGCAUGUUUCGUGUCCUAUCUUUCUCCUCAUAGUGCUGGUGGGGUAGGACACAUCCUGCCCCACGCUUGGUGGUCACCAGAUCCAUUUCCAGAUGCCACACGUGGACGUCAGGUUUUAUAACUCCCUGAAUACUCUGGUGUGUGCUGGGCUUGUGUGUCUUAUUAACGAGACUUCCUCUUGCACAGAGCAGGGUGCCACUCCAGAAAUGAGGACAGCAUGCCAGCUUUGUAGCAUGUGUUAUGAAUGACUGUGCCGAGCAUUCUGCUCUACGAGUUCAAUAUCAUUUUUCUCCAUUACAGAAAGUGUUAAAUCAGAAGUAUAUUAAAGUAUUCCUCCCGUGGGGGAAUAGGCUGAGCACCACUGGCAAACCCAGUCACAAAGAGUUGCAACUUUUUACUUUUUUUUUUUUUUUUUAAAGAACCUUAUAACGGUUAUGCUGUAACAUUCAGUGGGCUUAAACAAGCAAGCUUAAAAUAAAUGGAUUUAUUUUCAGCUCUGCUCACAUUACGUGCGGGUAUAAAUCCUAUCUCUGAUCUGACAGCCCGCCCAGAACUCUGCUCAAACGGGUGCUCCUGGGAAUCUAAUCUGUUGCUGGUGUGAAUGCAAAGUGCAGAUCUAACGAGAUGUGUGGGGCCUAUUAAGAGUCAGAUACUCCUUGUGGGUCCAUGUCACUGCAGGGCACGGCGGUAGCAAUCCCUGGGGCUGGUGCCAGAGGCUCCAGCAGAUUGCCCAGAGAAGCAGCACUCCUGGAGCUGCUCCCAGUGAGGUCCAGUAGGAUGUGUGUAGAGGCCAUUGGAAACAAACCCUACUGUAAUGUUCUUUACCUUCAGUACACUGUAUUAAAGUUUAUUGUAGUAAGUGAAUGGAUGAAAAUAAACUUUUUAUUUCUCUA